AUGACGGAUUCUACGAACAAAAUCUCGGUCCUCUUUGUCUGCCUCGGGAAUAUCUGUCGAUCGCCAAUGGCUGAAGGCGUCUUCCGGUCGCUCGCGAAAUCCCACCCUCGUAUCGGCGACAUCGACUCCGCUGGCACAGGCGCCUAUCACACUCUCGAUCCGCCCGAUGACAGAACACUUGAUACCCUUCGGAGACAUGGCAUUACAGACUACGAGCAUGGCGCCCGUCAAGUACGCUCGAGAGACUUCCACGAGUUUGACUACAUUUUUGCCAUGGACCACUACAAUUUUAACGACCUACAGCGACUGCAGCGAAGAGUCGAAAGCAAGGGACAAAAAACAAAAGCUAAAGUCAUGAUGUUUGGCGAUUUCGGGGGGAGAACGAAGGGUGAGGAAGUCGUCGAUCCUUACUACGGGGCCGAUAGAGGAUUCGAAGAAGUCUACGAGCAGGUCACUCGGUUCUCAAAGAACUUCCUGGAACAAGUUGCCUCCACUGGUACCUGA